AUCCAGUUCUAGAGUAUUAAAUUUGAAACCAUUUCUUGAAGUAUAUACACUAAAUGGUCAAAAGUAUGCAGACACCUGACAGUCACACCCGUAUGUGGUUCUUCCCCCAAACUGUUGGCCACAAAGUUUGAAGUGCACAAUUGUUUAGAAUGUCUUUUGUAUACUGUAGCAGUACGGUUUCUCGACACUUUAAAUAAGAGGUCCAAAUGUGUCCCAGCAUGACAGUGCCCCUGUGCAUAAAGUGAGCUCCGUGAAGACAUGGUUUGUCAGUGUUUAUUUGCAAGAACUCAAAUGGCCUGCACAGAGCCCUGACCUCAACCCCAACUCAAAUGCAUACUGUACACAAGACCUCCUCAGAAGAGUGGAGUUUGUUGCAAGAGCAAAGGGGACUAAAUCUAUGAUGGGAUGCUCAACAAAUACAUAUGGGUUUGAUUGGGGCCAAGGAAUCACAUCAGACCAAAACCAACCAACAGGCAAUCUUCUUGUCAUCCAAGUGUUCAAUGCCUAACACUGCAGAAAGUGAAGGCGGUAACAUAUCUGGUGCCAAGGAUCCGGCACCCCCAUCACGGUUGCCGGUCCAAGACAAUGAGCACGGCUUCCUGAACCCGUUCAGCUGUGAUACGCAGCGAGCCAGACGGGCCUCCAGUGCUGAGCUGCAGCUCCCAUGGACAUGCCCGGUCACACAUUCCCGGGAAAAAUUCUACACAGUGUGCUCUGAUUAUGCACUGCUCAACCAAGCCCGUCCAAUCCUAACCCCCAGAGAUGUUCCCCAGUCCAGCCAUGACUGCAGCACACCACUGAGUCAAUCAAACAUCAUCACUAUCUCCCAGGGUCAGGCUGGAGGAAUCCGUUCACCUUCAGGUGAUGCCUGUGAUAUAGAAGAGACAUUGUCCAGCAACUCCAAGCCCAUUUUAGCCUGGGAGAUUGACACCACCGACUUUGAUGCAGUUUUAACCCGAAAAGCCAGGACAGGUAAUAUAAAGAAAUCUGGCUUGAAGAAAAUGAAGUCGUCUGACAGAUCGAGCAGAAAUGUGCUGGAUUUUCCAGCACAAGUGUCUCUGGAAGAAAUCAAGCAGAGGAAAGUCCUGGACUUGCGCAGAUGGUACUGCAUCAGCCGUCCUCAGUAUAAAACAUCAUGUGGAAUUUCCUCACUCGUCUCUUGCUGGAACUUUCUGUACAGUACCCUCGGAGCUGGAAGCCUGCCACCUAUCUCCCAGGAGGAGGCCUUACAUAUUCUUGGUUUCCAGCCUCCAUUUGAAGAUAUCAAGUUUGGGCCUUUUACUGGGAAUGCCACUUUAAUGAGAUGGUUCAGACAGAUCAAUGACCAUUUCCGUGUUCGAGGAUGCUCUUAUAUUCUAUAUAAACCCCAUGGGAAGCACAAGACAGCAGGAGAGACUGCUGAAGGAGCAUUGCUUAAGCUGACCCAGGGAUUGAGAGAUGAAUCUAUGGCCUAUAUUUACCACUGUCAGAACCACUACUUCUGUCCCGUGGGCUUUGAAGCUACACCAUUAAAAGCAGCCAAAGCUUACAGGGGACCACUUGCUCUGAAUGAAAUGGAGCAUUGGAUUCUUAUUGGGGAACCAAGCAGGAAACAUCCUGCCAUCCACUGUAAAAAGUGGGCAGAUAUUGUGACUGACCUGAACACACAGAACCCAGAAUACUUGGACAUUCGUCAUACAGAAAGAGGCAUUCAGUUUCGGAAAACCAAAAAGGUGGGAGGCAACCUACACUGUCUCAUGGCCUUCCAAAGGGUGAACUGGCAGAAAAUUGGACCUUGGGCACUAAACCUAGAGAAUCUGAGGCAUGAUAACCACCAACAGGGAGCAGAUCAGAGGAGCCAGACUUCAGCAGGGGAGGCUGUAGGCGAUGGCGAGACCAAACACGGGCACCUGGGCCGCUCUCACAGCACAGGGAAUCAGAAAUCCGAGCAAGCGUGGAAAAGGAUCUCCAAUACUGUAGAGUACAGCCACAGAGGCUGCCCUGACAGCGACCUGGAUGAGGACAUCGCUGACUGAAAAUGAAGUGGUUAUUUUCCAUUGGAAUUUCUACACAAUUUUUUCAAGCCAGGCAAAAUUUUGAGGUAUAUUUGAACUGGGGGGUGGGGAUUACUUCUUUUUGAUCAUUGCAGAGAUGUCUCUAGAAAUAGGAUUGGUAAAAAAACAGGCAGAUCAAAGAAAAACGUGCAGCUAUCUAUAAGCCCAAAUGUAAGGCGAGUAUUUUAUGUGCGUGACACAUUCCAUUAGUGUCGUUCAAGUCACAUGCUUCAAAGAAGGACUUGUUCAUAAACACCUGAAGCACAGAAUGGGCUAACUUAGUGAGUAAAUUACAUUACGCAUAUAAUGUAUGUUGUGAUUAACUUUUAAAGUGUAUUAACAUCAGUAGAAGCCAUGAGAAAAUAGAACGACCACACUGACACGUGUGAAACAGGAGGACUGUUUGAUCAUGAGGACUCUCUCCUCAUUUAAGGUGGUGUAAUCACAUGGGGCAAUAACUGUGAAACGAAACAUCAGUGACACUUCUAUUAUUGUGUAUGGUGUCUGAAUCAGUGCUUUGUGAAAAGCUGUAAGAGAGCAUGGUGGCUUUCAAAUUACGUGAACCGUAGUGUAACCGUUGUUAUUUUUGCCUCAGCAGCAUCUCGAGUGUGUAUUAUGAUGAGUGUCUACACUUACCUGAAGUCGUACAUACAAAAAAAAAAAAAAAAAAAAAAAGUGUGAACUGGAAAUAGGUGGUCACUUUUAUUUCUUAAUAAAUAUUUAUACAAUUUCUUGUAAAAAAUAGUGGUCCACUGAUCAAUGUGGUGGUGGUGAUGAUGAUGAUGGUGUGUGUGUGUGUGGGGGGGGGGUCUUAACUUUGUGACUUUUGUGGCUGGGUUAAACGACUUUUUAACUGUGCAAUGUCAGCAGGACUGAUACGGCAACAGCCUCCUGUCAAAAGAGCAAAAAAGGGUUUUACUCAUCAAAUCUAGGCAGAAGAAUGAUUCAGGAUAUUUGCUUCCCUGUUUUUAAUAUAAGAUGUAAAAAAAAAUAUGUUUGGCUCACCAAUCCACAAAGCUCCUUGUUCUUUCCACUCGACACUUAGCUCUGUAAAUGGAAUCGUUUUGUCUCUUCUCCAUCUGCAAAUGUGGACAAUACAUUAAUUAUACCACAGUGUGCUGUUCAAUGCUCAAAUAAGAUUGGUCAGAAAUAAAAAUCAUUCUAAUAUGUUAUUGUUUCUAUGGUGACAGCUCAUGGACUUGUGUGGCAGAUGCUCCAUGUAAUGUAAGUCUACGUAAUAAUAAAUAGAAUUUUUUUUUUUUUUUAAACCGUGUAAUCAUUGAUAUGGUGAGGCUUUCUAUAAGGAGACAUUUAUUUAACAUUAAGAGAGUCGAGAGUCAGCACUUUGUAAUGGUCGGUAUGUAUUCUGACCACAGAGAGUCUUCAGGAUAGAGGACUUUUGCACUUUUUCUAGUUUCUCAGUUACACGACAGGCUGCAUUUUUGUCUUAUUAACUUUGAGUGAGAGGCUGGCGAGAGAACAACUGUACAUAGCCGCUAUAAUGUCGGUGACAACAGGAACUAACUUGGCUCAGGGACAUUCCACAACUGUAAAUGUAACUAUAAAUACAUAAAAGUAUUAUGAUGUUCUUUAAUAAAUUAAAAACACUUUAAA